UUUCUACGUUCAGAGAUAACUCAGGGGGAGACUUUGAUAAAGUUCUCAAGCUAUUUGAAGAUAUUAUUAUUAAGCAUGAUAUUAGUCAUUGGGACGUGAGAUGAUCACGGCAGCGAAAACUGCCUAUAAAAUUGGCAGACAGUGUAGUCACAACUUCAUUGGGGAAAACAUCCAGCAUCAAGAGUGACCGUGACCUGAGGCAAUUUUGGAACAAUAUUCUCGACAGACAGAUUACCGAGUUAAACUCAAGAUUUCAAGGAGACACAUGGAAUCAUGCGAGCGGCAGCCUCCUUUUCCAAAUAAUCCCAAACCUGCGGCCUUAAAGAGCAGCUGAAGACCACAUGCGAUCAUUAUGCAAUAUCAAUUGAGUUUACUGAAUUCACUGUUUUUAUUCAGUAGUUGAGUCGAAAAAUGAACAUGGGAAAGAGUGACUUUUCCUCCUCCUGUACUUGACAGCUGCCCUGAUGAUAUUUUCCCUAAUAUAAACUCUCUGUUAAGGAUCAUUGUCACACUUCUAAUUACAUGGGGCAGCAGGGUAGCCUAGUGGUUAGAGUGUUGGACUAGUAACAGAGAUUGCUCUAAGUACUAUGCACUAGUAUAAAACGAUUGUAUUACGAAAUAAUAUACGGUGCACAUCGCAAAAUAAAUGUAAUAAACAAGUUGAAAAAUGCCUAUCCAAAUUUUUCUAGGCCUAUCCACCCCCAAAAUAUCUGGCUACGCCCCUGUGUUUAGUCCCAGGUUCCUUGGACAUAGGCAGGAUCCUUGGACAUAGGCAGGGUUCUUGGACAUAGGCAGGGUCCUUGGACAUAGGCAGGAUCCUUGGACAUAGGCAGGGUCCUUGGACAUAGGCAGGGUCCUUGGACAUAGGCAGAAUCCUUGGACAUAGGCAGGGUCCUUGGACGUAGGCAGGGUCCUUGGACGUAGGCAGGGUCCUUGGACAUAGGCAGGAUAAUAAUAAUAAUAAUAUAUGCCAUUUAGCAGAUGCUUUUAUCCAAAGCGACUUACAGUCAUGUGUGCAUACAUUCUACGUAUGGGUGGUUCCGGGAAUCGAACCCACUACCCUGGCGUUACAAGCACCAUGCUCUACCAACUGAGCUACAGAUCCUUGGACAUAGGCAGGGUCCUUGGACAUAGGCAGGGUCCUUGGACAUAGGCAGGAUCCUUGGACAUAGGCAGGGUCCUUGGACAUAGGUAAUGUACAUAGGUACAUACCACUGAACUGUUUGCUGUAACAAACACCCAAUGUUGUUUUGACCUCUACACUGUACAGAAAGAUCCAGAGGCAUACAGUACAGAGUUAUGAGUCUGAAUGGACUCCAAGUGCUAAACUAUUACAUAGUGUGAAUCUAAAUUGGAAUGUUAUUGUUACGGAAAUAUAUUGCCGUGUUCUAGAGUGAGACCCUCCGGACCCAGAGCCGUUCUACCAGUCCCCGGGCCAUGACAGGUGCCUGUUGGGAUGGAGAAGGGGAACGUGGUCUACUUCAUUGACUCAGCCACAAAAACCUCCUACUUCACCUGCUCUCACGUGGGGGGGAGCUGGGGGCUCAUCAAGAGCUCCACCUCCUGUGCCACGCAUCAGGACCAGUCCUUUGAGUCACGCUUCGAGAGUGGCAACCUGCAGAAGGCAGUUCAAGUCGGUGUCCAUAACUACAAGCUCACCCUGCACACUGAUAUGUACACCACCAAGCACACGCAGUGGAGAGUACUUCUGGGUCAGAAACAUGAAGGCUAGCCGUCUGUACUGCACAGGCAUGAGGUCCAUGCUCUACUCUGAGAUGGCCGCCUGGGAGAAGGGAGGGCUGGCACCGGACUGCCUCAAACAUCAGGUACUACCACAACCAGCAUCAUAAGGCUGAGCAGGACAACAACACCACCACAAACAUCAAAUCCCUCACCUGGACCUGCCAGUUCGCCUGUGACAGACACCUAUCUGGCCCACUGCUACCCUUAACACCUUUUCCCACCGGCAACGUUGUACAUGUGCUGACAGUGACGUCGCCGGCAGGAGGGUGGGCAGAGAGGAGUGCCAAGCAGGUGGUGGUUGUGACGGCCGGGGUGCAACCCGGGGAGAACAACAGCUCCUGGUUGAUGCAGGGAUUCUUGGACUUCCUGCUGGGAGUCGGACGACACCAGGCAGCUGAGGGAGGUCUUUGUGUUUAAAGUCGCUUAUGCACUUUUGGCUUUUUUAUCUUUGAAAAUAACCAAGUAUUUCAGUUAUGUGUUUGAUUGCCAUGUGGGAUAAUUGUACGUUUUCCAUUCAGAAUUAGAAACACAUCAUAAAGAGACCCCAUGAUGUUGAUUCUUGUGUUGCUCCCUUGCGGACCUUCAGGUGAUGCCUAUGCUGAACCCAGACGGGGUGGUGGUGGGGAUCUACUACUGAUCUCUGGCCGGCAGGGACCUGAACAGGAACUACAAGACUGCUGAGGGAUUCCUUCCCCUGCGUCUGGCACACCAGGAACAUGGUCAAUAGGCGAGAGGGGGGGAAGUGGGAGGAUACUCAAACAGAUGUGAGAGAGUCAUGCCUCUCUAACCUACGGAGAGGUUUAAGUUCAGUCUGCCUUCUCUGACCUUGUUGCUAUGGUUUCCCAUCUGUCCUUGUUGUUGUCAUUGCACCCAAAACUGAUGGCUGAGAGAGAUGUGGUGCUGUAUUGAUUUUCACAGUCAUAGUUGUAAGAACAAUGUCUUCAUGUGCGGCUGUACCAACCACAAUGAUGCCACACAAUGGCUCCAUGAGAGAAUCUUCCCUCCCAUGAUGAGCUUCAUCAAUGACAAGGUUUGAAUCCCAUUGAGUUAAGAAAAUCUUGGCCAACGGUAGCUGUGGUCAGAGAGAAGAGAGAGAGAAGGUAUGGAUGAGAGAGAAGCUCACUCUUCCUCAUUUGUUUAGACUGAUUGUGGCUUGUGCAUUACCCCAGAACCUAAUUUCUAAAGACAGUACACUCCUGGAUCCCCCAUCCCACCACUCGCAUUGGUGUCAUAGGCCAUGUGACCCUCUGGCAGGAGGAGGAGUCAGAGAAGGUAAUGGCUGCCAAUUACCCUUCAAGCCCUACUGCAUCUUGAUAGUUUGCAGUGUUACUAAAAUACUGUUACAGGUACAUUCAUCUCAAGGUGUUUUACAACAACCUGGGCCUUGACCUCCCAAACCUGUUCUUAGUAGGUUGAUGCACUCUGAACAUCCCCACCUCAUCAAACUUAAAAGGCAUGAACAAGUGAUGACCACUGUUUUGUGCCAGUGUGAUGGUCAGCAUUAACUGUGUUCCAGAAUGAAUACCUGGAGGCUGAGGGCUGCAUACCUGUUGAGUGGGGCUCAUGCUCACCCUACUCAGCCAACUAUCACAGAGGAGCAGCGGCAGUAUCAGUCACCAGCUGCAGUUUGGCUCCUCCCAGCCUCCACGGUCAGCCCCUCAGCAGUUGCCCCUAUCUGUCACGGCCUUAGAGCAACGCGGCCUCUCCAUGCCUGUUAUGCAGCAGCAGCCCAUGCCCUUCAGCCCCGA